CGACAUAAUUACCGGGGACUCUGCCAGGGCCAACAGCCUCUUAUAUUUGCCCAGGAUUGCAGGGUUGAAAUCAUUGGUUCCCAGGCAAAAGGGACAUGAAGGGCAGCUGUCUGUUUUUUUUCUCCCUUGCCCUUCAGAAAAGGGGAACAGCGCGGUGGUUGAGUUGGGAAAGUGGGAAACGGUCUUUUCACCGUUUCUGCUACUCCUUCGAGACACUGGGUGACUGGCAAGUUACAUGGAACGGCAGGCACGCGGCAAAGGCCCUAACUUGGAGGCUCCCCAGGCGCGCGGCGCAGUUUGCUAACGGUGCCGGUGCAACCACCCAUGGAUGGGGGGAGGCGCACAUGCUGGAGCAAUCAUUGCGGCGGGUUCCUCUGACGCCACCCGAGAACGCCCAUCCUCUGAGCCUAUCCCCACUGCUUGCUUCAACGAAGGGGGACGACUGGACGACAAGGCCGACAAAAUUGAUGACCCCGUUCCUUGCACCAAACCCACCGCGUCUGCGCCUCGGACAGCACCGCAACCACGGCACAUUGACGCAGGAUUCUGCAGCCAAGUGAAAGUCGGCGGGGGCAAAUCACCACCGGUCUUGGUCAAUCCGUCUGGGCGGGUGAUCCUGGCGGUUAAGACACGUUACCGAAAACUGAAACCCACCGUACCGUGUACGAAGUAACAAAGCCGAGAAACGCCCUGCUGCUUGUUCCUUAGGGUGCUGAUUUCUUUCGCACGC